AUGAGGUGUCAAGGAGACAAGUCAAUUCGAGAAAAUUUAAGAAUUCCUUCACAGUAUAUCCCUGGGAAGAAAACAGCAUUCUUCUUAAGUCCUAAGGUGAUCCCGGCUUCCCAGUUGGUCUUCUUCACCUGCAUCUGGAUGGCACUGAUGUCAAAUGCUUGUGCUGCUGGUGAAAUCAAGAAGCCCCACCAGCGCUGCUUCUCUUCAGUGAAGCCGACCCGCAAACAAGAAACUAGAAUGAGGAACGAUGACAGUGCCAAAGUGUGGCCCCUGAGGUAUAAGCAACUUCUCCAUAUAGAGGACCAGAAUUCUGCAGUGAGACCUGGAUUUGGAGGAUCUCCAGUGCCUGUGGGUAUAGAUGUCCAGGUUGAAAGCAUUGACAGCAUUUCAGAGAUUAACAUGGACUUUACAAUGACUUUUUAUCUCAGGCAUUACUGGAAAGAUGAAAGACUUGCCUUUCCCAGCAAAACCAACAAAAGCAUGACUUUUGAUCACAGAUGAAUCAAAAAGAUUUGGGUGCCUGAUAUCUUUUUUGUCCGUUCGAAGAGAUCCUUCAUCCAUGAUACAACUGUGGAGAACAUCAUGCUGUGUGUACACCCUGAUGGAAAUGUCCUCUUCAGCGUCAGGAUAACUGUUACAGCAAUGUGCUUUAUGGAUUUCAGCAGGUUUCCACUUGACACUCAAAAUUUUUCCCUUGAACGGGAAAGCUAUGCCUACAAUGAGGAGGAUCUAAUGCUGUACUGGAAACAUGGAAACAAGUCCCUGAAUACUGACGAGCAUAUUUCGCUUUCUCAGUUCUUCAUCGAGGAAUUCGGUGCAUCCGGUGGAUUUGCUUUCUAUAGCAGCACAGGUUGGUACAGGCUUUUCAUCAACUUUGUGCUAAGGAGGCAUAUUUUCUUCUUCGUGCUGCAAACCUGUCUCCCGGCUGUGUUGAUGGUAAUGCUUUCCUGGGUUUCAUUUUAGAUUGACCAGAGAGCUGUUCAUGCAAGAGGGACACUUGGAAUCAUGGUGCUGACCAUGUCCACGAUCCUCUCUGGGGUGUGCGCCUCCAUGCAGGUGUCCUACGUCAAGGCCGUGGACGUGUACCUGUGGGUUAGCUCCCUCUUUGUCUUCCCGUCAGUCCUUGAGUAUGCAGCCGUGAACUACCUCACCACAGUGAAGACAGGGAAGAUUUCUGGAAUGUACAGUAUUGAUGCAGCUCAAGCCAUGGCCUUCGAUGGUUGUUACCAUGACAGUACAACUGACACGGACCAGACAUCCUUUUCUCUACACUCAGAAGAGGACUCCAUGCAAGAAAGAUGCACAGGCAACCUCAGCACAGAUUCACCUCUGAUAAGAAGAAAAUCACUAGGAGGGCAGGUUGGUAGAAUCAUUCUGGAGAACAACCAUGUCAUUGACACCUAUUCAAGGAUUUUAUUUCCCAUUGUGUACAUUACAUUUAAUUUGUUUUACUGGAGUAUUUACGUGUGA